ACGAAGAUGGAGGUACCGCGGCCUGACGAUUUCGCGCGAAAUGCUGACUGAGAAAGAAAACGUUAAACUUGUAUUUUAGUCCGUAUCACGUGAACUCGGAAAGCAUGGGGGACAUCAAUGUUGAUGUUCUUCUACAGACCCUGGAGUCCAAGUCAGCGUCACAGGAAGAGAAGAAUGAUGUAUAUCAACAAUUAGCUAAUCAGUUAAAAGAGGACAGUCUAAGCUUAGUGAGCCUGGAUGUUACUAAGAAUUCCCGAAAAUUCUGUGAGAUCCUGAAAACAGACCUACAGCACAACCUUGUCACAGCCAACGGACUCCAGAUCCUGGGAUUCUGUCUACAUGAUAAUGAGGCUGUCGGAAAUCUGUCUUCAGACUUGUGUAGAAGUAUAUUAUCCUUACUGUGUGACUCGGUAGAGAAAACGGAGGAUAAGAAUCUGUGUGCCAAAUCCCUCUGGUGUCUUCAUCAGCAAAACAUUCCUAAAGAUGUUGUCUGUCAAGAGGUGGAGUCGGUACUAUCAGCCGUGGAACAAGCUCUACUGAGGUGGAAAAUGCAGUCCUCUGUGGUGGAACAUGAAGCCUCGCAAAUCAUUUACAGGUUAUUGAAGGAUCACCGGCGUGAGAUGGAGGGUCACAUUGUGAGAUGGGGGAAGCUGCUGCUCCCACUAAUGGCCCACAAGGCCCCCAAAAUACACCAGUCAGCGCUCGAGGUCGUCAAGACAGAGUUACCUGCCCUUCUCUCUCAUCAGAGGGAGUUAGUACAAGCUCUAAUUCCCGAGUUUAAACUGAGAAUUGGUUCCGAGUUGAAGGCAUUUUUUACUAGUCAACAAGAAAUGCAUGCUUUGGAAUGCUGGGAAAUUUUUGUGCAGAUUUGUGGAAAGGAACUGCAUCAUGGGAGUUUUAUCAACAUGCUUCUGCCAAUCAUGGAGCUGGCCUUUAAAGGUUCUAAUGAGGUCAAGGUUCGUGCUUUCCAGGCCUGGCAGGUUCUUAUUGACAACUUUGCCACAAGCCAUGAGAUCCUGACUUGCCCCAAGAGAAUUAAACUGAUAAUGCAGGUGUUAAAGAUAAACAACGCCAAGACGGAGGCUGUAGCCAUGGCUAAACUACAGGUGUGGUGGCACUUUGUCUGGCUCCUUGGACCAAAAGCCCCGGGGAACUUUGAACAGGUGUGUUUGCCUCUGUUGCAUUUCUGUGUGGGAGGAUCUAAGAGUAUUGCAGGUGGACUUGGGACACCAAGAACUCUUCCAAAUGGUACCAGCCCCAAGACACCGAGACUGAACUUGAGUGGAGGAAGUACGAUGGGGUCGACGUAUCCCAAGAUUCCCUGUCUCCAGCUAAGAGGGUGCGAGGUGCUGGCACAUCUCCUGGGGCGCGUGCCUGAAGAUCUGGACAUCCCCAAGUUCUCCUUCUCUCUAGAUCCUUUGACACAUGACUUGAUUACAGGUCCGGGGUUUUUUGUCAAGCAGUCCAAUGUGUUUGUUAACUCUGCUACAGAGCUUAUUUGUGAUCUAGGGUCACAGAUUCCAGAGGGUCUACUUCUACAUAUCUGGUUUUCUUUGAUUGCACACAUGAGGAACGGUCUGGAAAGUGGGUCAAGGUCGGAGAUGAAGGAUGCCUUCACUGUAUUCCUGACCCAGUUUCAGGUCAUUGUUUUGAGUGGAGCUCUAGAGCCUAAGAUAAUCCUGAAACUGUUCAAUGCAGUGUGUUGUUUACCAAGCAAAGCUCUGAAUUCGACAGCAUACAAUGUGAACUGUGGAGAAAAGCUACAUGGUUCACCUGCACUCUUCCUGAUGCAGUUACUGCUGACUCCUAGACUGUUGACAGAUUGUUCCUCAUUGGAAAGCUAUAAUACCCUGUACAGUAAGCUUGUUAACAUUGUUGUCGGUGGACCAGGCUCGCUCGAGUUCACUCAAUCCGUGCUACAUCUACUGGACGUUAACUCUGAGUUUAUAGAGGGAGCUGAGUCACUGUGGAGAUUUUGGAGUACGGUGGUCAACUCACUGCAGCAGUUCAUUGUUAAGACAGGGGAGGUAAACCAGGGUGAUGCUUUGGAACACAAUUUUAGUUGUCUGUAUGCUGUCCUGCUUUUCCCCAUUAAACAUCAGCUCCCAGAGAAGAUGCCACAGGUGUCAGUGAAAACUCUACAGAAAACUUGGACUGAGGUCUAUCAAACGUUUGCCCGAUUAUCUGCCCUUGUUACGAAUGCUGAGGCUAACAUAAAUUGUGAGGAUCUAUGUCACCAAAUCAACAAGAGUCUGAAGGAUGAAGAUUCCCUCAGCCUUCCAUUGAUAGAUUUUCUGUCACAUGCGUCUCAAACGAUAAUCAAUACUUUUGAUUUUUCCUCACUGGGAACAAGUAGUGCUUUUAAUAUUGGUGCUCUGCAGGUGAGUCCAGCCAAAUGGACCAAGAAGAAACAUAAACCAAUGGAGAAUCUCCACUCCCUGGCUGUCCUUGUAAGACAUCUCCUGGAGAGACUUUAUACACACAUCAGAAGCGGGGAGAAAAAGGAAGCCUCAAAUUCUUUGUCACCUCAGGGGCCAGCCAAUGCAUUAACGGAUUGUCUGUGUACAAUGUUUUCUCAUCUCUCAUCAUCCAGUGUGUUAGUGGCUGUGAUUGGUCACUUGUCUCAACCAAUCGCAGACUUGAUUCAGGAAUCCAUCAAGAAGACGUGUGCCAAAUUGUUCAAUAAUAACUUCAUGCAAAAGUUGGAGAAGCUCUGGAGUGAUAUCUGUACGUCACUUCAGACUCGUUAUCUGGGGACGUACGACUCGGACUUCUUGUCUAAGUUGUCGCCCUUGUUGGAGGCCACGUUUCUCCACCCACGUCGUGCCGUGAAGAACCAGACGGCCAUGUUUUGGAGCGCCACCUUUGGGCGAGCACCUCACCUGCUGUACCCAGAAAGCCUCAGGCCAGUCCUAGCAAAGAUCAAGGAAAAAUCUUCAAUCCUCCUACCAGGCUGGGUGUCGAUACCUGUCACUGUAGUGGAGGAAACUCCUGUCAGUCAGAUGAGUCAGCCGGAUUCUCAGGCCCCUGAGCCUUUUAUACCCGGGAUGCCAUCACCCAGGAAAAUCCAUGGCAGCUUUCUUAACAAGGCAGUGUCCCCCAACAUCAAAAACUCUCCAGCACGCCACACAGAGAAAGUAACAAGAUCACCCGGCGCCAUCCGAAAAAAUCUCUCUGUAAAUGAUCUACAGAAGGAGGAUUUUGUUGUGAUUAAAUCACCACCCAAGAAGAAGAGAAUUUUAACAGAACACCAAAAGGAGGUUUUGAAAGAGAAAAAGGUAAUCCCAACCAUGUACAAUACACUGGAUCAUUCUCAGGAUGUGUCCCUGAUGUUUGGGGCGGAGUCUCAGUUUGGAUCGGACACUCAGUCUCAGCCACCUACACCAGAUUCACUGAAUGUGAUUGACUCGAGUCUAUCCCAGUACACCUCACAGAGGAAGGAUAGACCCACCAAAGGUAGAAACACCAGAAAAUCUUCAUCAGAAGCUAGCGACAGGGAGGACUCCCAGAAUUCCAAGCUGGGAGUCGGAAAACGUCGUCGUUCCGUCCGGUUCAAGGAGACUGUGGAGGAUGUCACUCAGGGUGGAGAGGUGGAGAAGAAGUCUGGUCAAGUGGAGGGGGACUGCGGAGAGACGAGAGUGGAGAAACCUCAGGAGUCAGGGGUCAGUCGUACCACGACAGAAAAGUCUCAAAGUCAGGAGGAGUUUGAAGCACAGUGGGAUCAAACUCUGUCCAAAAUGAUGGACGAAGUUGAUAAAAUGGAGAAGAACAGUAUAGAACACUUCAGUGUCAUCAGGGAUACAAUAAGCAGCUCACAGGAGAAGAAAGAUGAAGAAAGUAAUUCUACAGAUUCUCAGAAUCUCUCCUCAGGGAAUAGCUCCCAGUCAAAACAAGCAGGUAUGGAAGCAAUCAAGGAAGUGGAUGAUCCAUCUCAGACUAAAGCUAGCAGCAGUGGUAAUGGUGAUUCGACUCCUACAAAAGCUAGUAGCUGUGGUAGUAAUGAGAAGGAGACAGGAUCCUCUAAAUCUUCGUUUGGAUCCACGGGUUACAUGGCACCAGAGAAUGUGAUGGAAGCAGUAGAAAUGGAGUGCCUUACCUACAAGUCUACUUCAUCUAGUGGAGCUGACAAGUCCUCGGAAAGUGGAAGGAAAAAAGACGGAGAGAUGGAGACUUCGCAAUCCCUGUUAACGUGGACCAAUCAGCUGAAAGAAUUGAAUCAAUCUUCACCAGCGAAAGUCAAUUCCCCGCUGAAAAAUUCCAGUCAGGAGAGUAGUGGAGGGUCAUCCUCAAGGUCAUCCAAGCAGUUCGCUUCACCAGCUAAGAGGGGAAGGACAAAAGCCUUGGAAAAAUCUAGCAAAGGAUCUCAUAAAAUUGAUGAAUGGUUGAUCAAGUCUCCGGAGAAAAGUUCACAGGAGAGUGGAAUAUCCUCUCAGGGGUCUGAUAAAUCCUCAGUGACCUCGUCUAAUGGGAGUCAGCCGUUGGAGGUGACUGUAGUGGAGGAGACGCAGUCACCAAAGAGCAUGAAGACGAGAAUGUCGCCCAACUCUGUACCCAUUCAAGAAACUCCACCACCCCCUGCCAACAAAGAGCCAGUGAAGUUCGGUAGUACUAGAGGAAGCACCAGAAAGCUGUUUACAAAAGGAAUGGAGGAGAAUGCGGAUUUGUGUGAGGAUUCAAAUAUCAUUCCUGGAUCUCCAGAGUCUAAAUCCAGUUCUCUCCCGCUCCGAAUAGGAACUCCAGUGUUGAAACUGAAAAGGCUGACAGAGGAUGAAAUAAAACAUUUCAGUCCGCGUAAAGGGGAGGUGGGUUUUGGUACUCCAAGAGAGGAUAGAAAUUCACAGGGUAGUGCUGUUGGCGUGCAUUCCCAGGACUCGAACCACGAGCAUGACGACUUCUCAGAUGUUUUACCGUUGGAACAGGUUCCCUUGUCGUCUUCUCAAGGAUUUGAAAUCCAGGCUGACAGAAAGACCAGUGUAGACCAAGCAGACAACACACCAAUGACAAAUACCGAGAAUCUGUUUUCUCAGACGGAGAAUGUUUCUCAGGAGAAUAAAGGUUAUGACCCCAAGCUACAGUCGACCUUUCAGCCUAAUGGUGAGGGGAAGGAUGUACUGGGAAUAGAGAAUCUGAAGUCAAGUCAAGAAUCGGAGAACUCGGAUGUCGGCAGCGAGAAGGGGUCACAGUCGGAGAGCUCUCAGGCAAUGGAAUCGGCACCUACUUACGAUCCGAAGAUGGAGUCAACAUUGGCUCAAGACACACCAAGAAGAGGAAGGAAACGGAAACAGGAAACUCCGAAAAAGCUUUCACCAGAGAGCAGUCGACCCAAGAGGACACGAAAAGGGAAGGGGGAAGACAAGACACCUCGAGGAAAAGCAGGGGAGGGUAAGAAAGGGAAACAGAAAGUAGACUCACAGGGAGCAAGUGGAGACAAGAAAGAGAAAGUAGACUUCAGUAGUGAAAAGGAAUUAGCCAGUAUUGAAAGUUCAUCAUCUGAACAGGUUAAUGACAAGAACUUGAGUCUAGAAAAAUCUUCAGAGAAGGUCACUCAGAAUACAGAAAAAGACACGGAAGAAGAGAAUUACUCUACCUGUGAGGAGAGACAGCUGGACUCUGAAGGAUUAUUUCUGGAAAAGUCACAGGAAAAGGUUUCCAAGAAUCCUCCUAGUCAAAAGUUAGACAAGGAGGAAAAGCUUGAAAGCUUUGAGGUUAUAACUGCAAAAGAGAAGGGAGAGAAGACCCCAACUAGUAGAAGUACAGCAGAGGUUCCACAGAGGAAGAGCACAACUAAAAAGAAGAUUGAAGCUGCCAAAAAGAGAUCGCAAAAAAAGGUGAAGGGGGGUGAAAACGUAAUGUCAGUUAGUUCUGAGGAUGAUGUACCGCUAGCACAGACUUUGAAAGAGUCGGCCAAGUCUAAAAGUAAACUGGAGAACAAGAUAGAUAAGACAACGGAGCAAGAGGAGCUGGGACAGACAAAGGAAGGAGAUAACGUGGAGGGAAGGAAGAGUUCUGACAGUUCUGAUGAUAACGUACCUUUAUAUAGUCUCUGUGCUAAUGCAGAGGUUGUAGGUGUGAGUCAGAAGGAGAGAGAAGAAGCAGGCAGUGUGCCAACAGAUGCUCAAAAAGAGAACCUUGGAGCUGACAAAGAAAUUAAUAAAAUGGAAACUAAUGAAGAGGAUAGAAAAGUGACAGAGGACAAGGGUUCUGUCAGUGAUGGAAAAGGGAAAAAGAUGACCAGGCAGAAAUUCAUGCCAGCCAAAACUUCUCCUUUGUCCAACAGACUGAGAUCAUCACAGGGGACGUUAAGGAGCGGUAAACCAACUCGACGAUCACUGUCUCCUGGCAAGAGUCCGAAGCAGCUUUCACUGAAGAAAUCAACCAAGCGGAAAAGUCUGGACCCAAACCUACUGUCUGUUGUCAUCGAAGAUUCCGAAGAACCCAUCCCUGUAUCUGAGAAGCCUGAAGAUGAGGUGGAAAAGAAUGAAAAUAAAACUGAAACUGAACCAUUAAAGGAAAAAGAGGAGACUACAGAGAAAGAGGGAGAUACAGAGAAGGACAUACUGGAUCUGUUGAAUGAACCCAAGGUGGAUGAGACGCCUGUAAAGCCUGCUGAGGAUAGGGCUGAUGGAGGAGAGUUCGCGAUGUUCGAGAGGAAUACUGACAGCAAGCUGGUGGUGGUACCCAGAAAGUUUGAGAAGAGGACCAUCGCUAGAAGAAGCAUUCUGAAGGCCACCAGUCCGUCUGCCAAUUUAACCAAGUGUUCCCCUCUCAGGAAGCCAGCUCCUUUUCAUCCAAUCAAACUGGGUCAGAUAUUUGCCCCCUCGGCUUCGCCUAGUGCCAGCAUACUGAAACGGAGAAGGCUGAGUGGAGAAAUUCCUAGAAAUUCACCCUCACCGCCAAGUAAAAAGAAACAGAGAAGGGUGUCAUUUGCUGACCCUGUGACCUUUAGUGAUGACCCUGUGACCUUGACAUCAGCAGCCUCGAGUCUUGUCAUAAACACAGCACCGCUCCAGUCAUCAGCAGCUGUGACGUCAGGCAGUGAAUCCAGUCAGACCCAGGACUCCAUGGGGCCUUCAACCCAGGGUAGUUAUGUCAGUGUGACGGAAUCCCAGAUCACGACAGAAGCUGUGUACCCCGAGCUUGUGGACUGUUCACAAACCGUGGACCGAGUCCUGCCUCAGCUGACCACCUCUAUGUGGUCCCGUGGGCUUGGACAGUUGGUUAAAGCCCGAAACAUCCACACGAUUGGUGACUUGUCCCGCUUGUCUGAAAAAGAAAUUGACAAUCUGCCAAUCAGGUCCCCAAAAGUUUCCACCGUCAGAAAAGUACUCAGUGUGUUCGAGAGUCAGCACAGCAGCAAAAAGUCCAAAGCUAGCAUAGAGGAGGCAAAAGAUAAUAGUGAUGGUACCACUCUACCUGUGUCACACAGCAGUAAAGAUGACGAGGUGGAAGUGCUGCCCUCUAUGGAAGCAGAGCUCAGUGAAUUCUCUCCCAUUAAGAAAAACGUCAACGAAGACUUGAACAGGAGCAUUGCUGAUGAGCUGAACGCCUCGGAAGAUCUUUUGGACAAAGUGAGCGAGUUAGUCUAUACUGAGGGUGAUGACUCGGUUGGCUUUGUCCCGAGUUUGAGAACCCCCGAGCCUCCAGAGGACAAAUCUCAUCCCGAGUCCAACCCCGAGUAUAUCGAUCAUAAAUCUCAGUCCUCCGAAACCAUCCCGGAGUAUCUCGAUCAGUUGACGACACUGCUAACGAUUGAUUCACUGAAGUCAUUAAGAACCGGGGAACUGUUCGACGCGCAUCAGAAACUUCUCAGUCUGGCCAACAAUGUCGCCACGGCGAUGAAGACCCGGUGCUCUUCUCCAGACAAAAGUUGAUGUUAUAGUCUGGGGAUUAUAAAAAUUAAACUUAAAUGUAACGGUGGCUGAAUCAUGUAAAUAGGAAGGAUGCUUGGAAUUUUCUCUAAAAAACUUUUGAGAUUGUGAACUGUGAAAGAGAUCUCAUAGAAUGUAUUUGUAUAAUGUAUUUUGUAUAGAGAAAAUGGUAAAACUGUAGAAUUUGUGCAAUUAAGAGCUUUUAUAUUAUGAAAUGGUUCUAUUCCAAGACCCUGUGUACUGAUAAUAGAGAAAGUACAUGGAAUUGAAAAACUAGUUUUUUAUCUGUAUCUCUUUUUUUCUACUUAUGCAAGAUUUUUUUUUAAUGGCAUGAACUUGUAUGAAAUAAUAUGUACAAUACAUUCUAAAUGUAACUUUAUGGCAAUGAAUGGUUAUUGGUAUAUAUUCAUUUGAGUACAUGAAAAUGUAUCACUAUUUUUUCAUAACCAGUGUUUAUAUGAAGUAUAUAGGUAUUGAAUUCAGGCACAAAAUCAUGACAUGAUGAUUCAGCAGCUAUGUAUGAAAGGGAAUGUGUUCAUUGGAUGAAAUGAUGUGAAGGAAAGAGAUGAAAGGGGAGUUUGUGAUCAAGAUAAAUAUUGUCCUCUAUUUAAUUACACUUUUUAUACAGUUUUCUGAUGGUGCAUUAAACUAAUAAAUCAACUCUCAUCAAUA